UACAAAUCUAUGUCUGAACUCGAUCCUCGUUGGGCAGCUAAGAAGAGACGCAUGAGUGAGAAAGUUCGCAAGAUGUUUCAAUUUAAAAAGUGCCUAGCACUCAUCAAAAAAAUUAUGGAGUUUCUAAUAACAACAAUUCCAAUGAAAGGUAUCAAAUGUGUCAUUGUUUUCCAUGUGGUUGUUUGGAAAUUAGAGGAAAAUAGAAGAAAGGAGUAUAACGGAAGCAAACUGAAGAAUAUGUUUGACUGAAAAUUGUUUUCCUUUUCCUCAUUCCUUGAUAACCAAAGCAAGUGUUUUACCAUGCUUAUGACAACUAUAUGACUUAUGCUUUUCCGCAUGAUGAGCUAAAGCCCGUUGCCAAAACAUACACUGACUCCCUUGUCGAGCUUGGAAAUUUGAAGCUUGAACAUUUGCCGCAAGAGUAUAAUGGAUCUGCCCUUACACUUAUAGAAUCAUUGUCCAGCCUUGUUAUCAUGGGGAACGACACAGAAUUUGAAAGGGCAGUUCUUUGGCUUUCUGAAAAUUUAACAUUUGAUGUCGAUGCAAGGAUAAAUCUUUUUGAGUGCAACAUAAGAGUACUUGGAGGACUUGUUUCUGCUCAUAUUCUUGCAACUGAUUCUACAAACAGGUUGGUCCAAGGAAAGUACAAGAAUCAACUUCUUAUUCUAGCUGAAGAUUUGGGGCAGCGCUUUCUACCUGCUUUUGAUACCCCUACAGGAUUGCCCUUUGCAUGGAUUAACUUGAAGUAUGGGGUGAUUGAGAAUGAGACAACUGAAACAAGCACAUCCGGGUGUGGUUCACUGAUUCUUGAAAUGGGAGCUUUAUCACGAUUAACUGGUGAACCCAGAUUUGAAUCUGCAGCCUUGCGUGCUCUUCGCAAGUUAUGGAGCAUGCGGAGUUCUUUGAAUCUUCUAGGAACUACUUUGGAUGUGGAAACUGGAGAAUGGAUAGAGUACUCGUCUGGGAUUGGGGCAGGGGUUGAUUCAUUCUAUGAGUAUCUAUUGAAAGCCCACAUUCUUUUUGGAAGGGAUGAGUUUUGGAGAAUGUUUCAGUCUGCUUAUCUUGGGGUGCAGAAAUAUUUUAGACAUGGCCCGUGGUACCAUGAAGCUGAUAUGAGGACUGGACAAGCAACUUAUUGGCAACUAACAAGCCUUCAAGCAUUUUGGCCUGGUCUACAGGUACUUGUUGGGGAUAUUACAGCUGCUAAUUCAUCACACCGUGAGUUCUUUUCUGUAUGGGAGAGGUUUGGAGUUCUACCAGAAAGGUAUUUGCUGGAUCGUCAGAUGUUACACCCUACAGAAAAGUAUUAUCCUUUGCGCCCUGAAUUGGCAGAGUCAACAUUUUAUCUUUAUCAUGCAACCAAAGAUCCGUGGUUUCUCGAAGUGGGUGAAUCAAUUGUAAAUUCUCUCAAUUCAUACACCAAAGUUGAAGGCGGGUUCGCAAGCAUUAGAGAUGUCAGUUCCAUGCAAUUAGAAGAUCAUCAACAUAGUUUCUUCCUUGCUGAAACGUGCAAGUAUCUAUAUCUUCUCUUUGAUGAUUCAUUUUUGGUUGAUCGCAAUUAUAUUUUCACAACUGAGGGCCAUCCUCUUCCAAUAAUGAGUGCUUGGCAUGAUAGGCUUCCGGAGACCUACAUCCCAAGCAACUGGACUUGUGUCAAGAGUGAACUGCAAGCAAAACGAGCGAGUGCAAUGUCCAUGCAAGUCUGUCCAGCAACGUCAUUGCAAUCUGGGCAGAGCGGUGAAUGGAUUGAGAGUGCUUGUCACAUCCCUGAUCUUCGUGAUGAUCACAGGUGCUUGGUAGACGAGGAUUGUGGAGUUGAUGCAAUCACAUGUAGGCGAAGAUCGUGCAGCAUGGCAGGCUACUGUGGCCUCUGGUUGUUCAUAUGAAGCCCUCCAAAACUUGAAAUUCUUUUUGCAAGAUGGAAAUAAAUGCAGAUUCUGAGGUCCAAGACCUGCAAUGCAAGGAUAAUUUAUUCCGGGUAUGUAAUCUCUUACACCAGAUUGAUGAGAGAACCAAAAGAGAUAACAAAAUGCCAGUAUUUUAGUACAACUUUUGUGCUUAGAUUUUAUUUCACAGCAUAGGAACUAGUUUUUUUUCAAUGUUUUGAAAAGGGUUUGUAAUAACAUUACUAAACAUUGUGGUUAGAUUAGCAGCUCAGAAGAUCUAAUUUAGAAGUGAAACUCUAUGAAGUUUUUAUUUUCAACACAUUUUGCUUUGCUUUAGGUAAUAUUUGAAAUGCUAAGCCGUCUCUCAAAA